AACAACAUGGCGACUUCCAUUGGACACGAACUCAACGUUGAGAUUAGUUUCGAGAAUACUAAAAAGGGCAAAAGUUUGAUAGCAAAACAGAAUUUUGAAGAAGGAGAUGUUUUAUUUGAAGAGAGACCUCUUGUCAGUUCUCAGUUUCUCUGGAAUGAGUUUUACAAAUACAAGGCGUGUGAAUACUGUCUACGCUCACUGGAGACUGCGGAAAAGCAGAGUCAACGAUUGACAGAAAACGAAGCACUGACAUUACCCUACCCUGAAUGUGAUGAAACAGAUCCUUCACAGUAUACUGAUUGUCCACAUUGUCAGGUGACCUACUGCUGUCUGGAUUGUCAGAAGAGAGCGUGGGAGGGGUACCACCAGACCCUGUGUAUGGGAUCAUCAAGGGACGAUGAGAACCACCCUCUAAAUAAACUACAGGACAUGUGGAGAAACAUUCACUUCCCACCAGAGACCUGUAGUAUAAUGCUUAUAGCAAAGAUGAUAGCAAAGGUUAAACAGAGUAAAGACAAAUCAGACAUUUUGGAGAAGUUUUCCCGCUUUGUAAAAACAACAGUGAAUGAAGAAGAAGCACUUGUUCAUAAAAUGAUGGGGGACAAAUUUCAAGUGAGGAAAAACAACACAGUUGAAUAGUUUAUAUUUUC